GAAUACGCCAUCUUCGUUAGUGGUCUUGGCCCAGAUGUCAAUGAAUACCUCUUGGCAUCUCUGUUCCAGGUUCGAUACUCAUCAUGCAAAUCCGCCCAAAUCAUGUCGCGAGGCUGCGGUUUCGUUCGCUUCAUGGAUAAGUCUGAUCACCAGCGGGCUCUCAUUGAGAUGCAAGGUGUUUACUGCGGCAAGAGCUCCUUGAAAAUCAGCGAUUUUACA